GUAAACGGCAUCUUGGCAGCAAAUCUGUUAUUUUUUUCUGACGCUUUUCCAGAAUUGGAUAAGUAUCAAAGUCUGGAGUCCAGCGGCAUCAGUCUUCCUUCGCCACCGAAGUUGGAUGCAGCUGACGAUCGUGCACCAAUGGUUCGAGAAAAAACUGAUUAUGAUCCAUGCAAAGCUUCUAAAGACAUGUGCCUGAACAAGGGGAAGUGCACUAAUCGAGACGGCGAGUUCAUAUGUAGCUGUCCUCCUACCCACUUUGGCAAACGAUGUGAACGUAUGGCGGACACGAGGUUCUGUCGCGAUCACAAGUGCCAGAACGGAGGCACGUGCUUGAGCAUAACGAAGAAUCAAACCUUCGUGGAUCCCAUAGCUUUGCGCCAGUUUAAAAAGGCUAAUCCUGAAUUAUCAGCAAGCGAAACCAAGCAGGACUUUUUGAUCACCGUACAAUAUCAGUGCAUCUGUUUGGAUGGUUUUAUUGGCGAAUUCUGCCACAUCACAGAAGAAGAGCGGAGCUGUGAGGAGGAUUACUGCAGUAGUCAUGGAAGGGGACACUACGACCCUGAUACUGGCUGUGUUUGUGAGUGUGAUCCUCAACAGUGGGUCGGCGAGCGCGUGAGUGCAACACCUUUAAUCAAAAGGGUUCCCGAGAUUCCCUUCUACAACCUGUGGCGCUCGGGUAUGUCAUAUGAGACGUUAUUGGAUCGAAAACCAGCCUGGAUAUGUUCUAAACCUGCAGCAUAUCUGACCAUAUUCAAAAACAGCAUGUUUCAAGGAUCUUGUAGAGGCUGCGCCAUUAGCCACUAUCCCAAGCCGAUCAUUCAGAGCCCCAAUUAA